AUGGCGUUCCCUGGCUACGUUACUCAGCCCAAUGGAAUGGGGAAUUCAGAAAUGACAUGGCUACCUAUUUUGGCUGGUGCUGCUGGGGCUUUUGGCUGCUUCACCUUAUAUCAUAAUGGAUGGUGCUUAUCAUGCUAUGCCAUCUGGCCAGACCUCUGCAUUGCCUCCUACAAGCUAUCAUGGCAACCUUCAACAGUAGUUUUGGACAGGCACCUUCUUGCAAAAGAUAUCGUGUACGUGUUCUUCUGCUGCUAUUGUGGAUUCGGGAACAUCCAUGCUUACUGGUCCAACUGUAUGUAUCUCACGUGA